AUGUCUGUAUUUAUUUAUCUUGCAUUCUUAAUUUCUGCCAUUGGAGUUGUUAUUGGUCAAAGUCAAAUAAAUUCAGAAAUAACAACUGUUGAAAAUGUGGUCAAAGACUGUGUUACUGUUAUUCUAGCAAAGCCAAGUUUUUUGCGUUAUUCAAUUGGUAUUGGUGUUGGUUUUUGUACAAUUAGUGGAGGUUUAUUUCUUCUUUCAACAAUUUAUAUGUUUAUUAAUUGGUUAAUGAAUGAUUUAAACAAAAUUGAGAAGAAAUUAAAAGAAAAGAAUAAUACACAAAAUGAUUAA